AUGGAGAUCGAGGAAGAACCCUGCAGAACGAGAGAUGAAGAUACAGAGGAACAAAUAGAUCUGAUGGAACAAAAUGAAGUGGAGGAGAAACACCAUCAGUUUCAGAAACCUCAACAAAACACUCAAAGAAGAGGAGAGAAAUGUUCUUGCACCUGCUCUCAGUGUGGAAAGAGCUUCACAACUAAAUCAAGCUUGAAGACGCACAUGAGAAUCCACACCGGAGAGAAACCCUUCACAUGCCGUCAGUGUGGAAAGAGCUUCCCACGGGAAACUAUUCUCAAAACUCACCAGAGAGUUCAUACUGGAGAGAAACCGUACAAGUGCUCACACUGUGGAAAGAGUUUCGCUCAGUCAGGAUCCUUAAAACAACAUGAGAGAAUUCAUACUGGAGAGAAACCGUACAAGUGCUCACACUGUGGAAAGAGUUUCGCUCAGUCAGGAUCCUUAAAACAACAUGAGAGAAUUCAUACUGGAGAGAAACCGUACAAGUGCUCUUUAUGUGGACAGAGUUUCAGCCGAUCAUCUGUUAAAUCAAGCUUGAAGAAUCACAUGAGAAUCCACACCGGAGAGAAACCCUUCACAUGCCGUCAGUGUGGAAAGAGCUUCACAUGGGAAACUAGUCUCAAAACUCACAUGCUGUUUCACUCAGGAAAAAGAUCAUUCGGCUGUGAUCAGUGUGACAAGACAUUUAUUGUGGCAGAGCACCUGAAAAGACACAUGAAAAUCCAUGCAGAUGUGAAGCCUCAUGUGUGUUCUGUUUGUGGAAAGAGUUUUUCACUGCUGGAACAUUUAAAAAAGCAUGGGAUUAUUCAUACUGGUGUGAGACCUUAUAUGUGCUUUGACUGUGGGAAGAUCUUCUCUAGAUACGGUGACUUAAAACAACACCAGAGAGUUCAUACCGGAGAGAAACCGUACAAGUGCUCUUUAUGUGGAUUGAGUUUCACCCGAUCAUCUAGUCUACAGACUCAUGAGAAAAAGCAUUGUCCAAAGUUAUCUAAGUGAGCAAAGUUCACAUUUAGAUCCA